AAAGCCAGCACUUCAGUGGUUAGACAGGGAUACAUAUUUGCGAAUGAUAGAAUCGAGUGGCUAAACGCACUAGCAUACCUUCAGGGAAAUUUAACAAGACUCAUAGCCAUAAUUCGUAGCUAGCUAACACAAAGACAGCUGAUACAUAAUUAUUUUCGAAUGUCAUAUUUGUUUAAAAGCUAGAGUCAAGGGAAAGUGGUCUAUCAGUGUAAAAAGCAACAAAUGGCAGAGAUACGAAAAAAGCUGGUCGUCGUCGGUGACGGCGCGUGUGGGAAAACCUGCUUGCUGAUUGUAUUCAGCAAAGACGAGUUUCCUGAGGUCUAUGUGCCAACUGUAUUUGAUAACUAUGUGGCGGACAUUGAAGUGGACACCAAGCAAGUCCAACUAGCACUAUGGGACACGGCUGGACAGGAGGACUACGACCGCCUUCGCCCGCUGUCCUAUCCGGACACCGAUGUCAUCCUGAUGUGCUUUUCCGUGGACAGCCCGGACUCCCUCGAAAACAUCCCCGAGAAAUGGGUGCCAGAGGUUAAGCACUUUUGUCCCAACGUGCCAAUUAUUUUAGUCGCCAACAAGAGAGACUUGCGCAACGACGAGAUUGUUAGGACCGAGCUGUCCAGAAUGAAACAGGAACCCGUGAAAACAGAGGACGGGCGCGCCAUGGCCGUGCGCAUUAGUGCAUAUGACUAUUUGGAGUGUUCUGCUAAAACAAAGGAUGGUAUUCGGGAGGUGUUCGACACUGCGACACGUGCAGCUUUACAGAAGAGAUCAAAACCCUCCAACGGUUGUGUAAACUGCUGUCUGUUGUUGUGAUUUAAUAAACGGCUGACGUAAGCGAUAAUAUAGGCCCACGGCUGCCAAAACCAUCAAGACCUGUUGUCCUUGUGCUUGAAAAGUAAAAAAAAAUAAAAAAAACGACUCUGCAAGCCUCUCAUUAAAGACUUUCUUGCGAGCCAGUAGCAUAAUGUUCAAAAUAAAUGAUAAUCCGAUUAUGGAUCAUCAUCUGGAUCUAUUCUGACCAAUUUACCUUAUUUGACUCGAAUAUAUAAUCAAAUACAAGUACAACGGACACUCCCUGUGAUUAUAAUUUACUGAAGAAAUACGUUUGUCAAAUAUUCAAGAUGCUGCCUGAAAUUAUGCUGUAGUCUUUGAGGAUCUUGUUCCAAGUAGCUUACUUGAGUGUCUGGGGCCAAAAGGCUUGUUGAUAUGCAACCAGUGUGUUUGGCAAUUUAUGGAAUCUGUGGAGGGAAAUAUAGGCCUAUAGCUGAAAGCAGUGUUCAAAAGGGAAAAGCAAUGUACAACCUCGAGUUUUAGUGAAGGCUUUAUCCCCUUAUAUGGUCACAUUGCAUUAUUAAUGUGAAAGAGGUUAUUGUCCAGUUUUCAAGCCAAGAUUCUACUUACUCAAAGUGUUGGAGCCUACAUGACUGUUUUGAAUUGUAAGCCUUAGACUACAUUUUUUGGGGGCCAAGCUGCUCUCAAACUGAUCAAAAAGGCUGUCCAUCCUGCCUCCAGUGGGUUUUUUUUGUGUGUAAAUUGUUGACAUUGCAUUAAGAUGACAGGGUCUGCAGCACUGUGUAAAGAAUGAAUGCAAUUAUUUCACAUAUUGUAUAUGGAGUUUCAAAAAGACCCCAAUAGUGCAAUAUGUUUUUAUGUCUUCAAGUUUGUGUCACAGUUAUUUCUAUUGUUUUUAAAUAAAGAUAUGAUCAUAAUGUAUAA